AAAUGAAACUCGCAAGACCCAUUUCGCGCCUCUUCGCCACCUUCUCAACGACCCCAAGCCCAGAGCGAGUCUCCAAGAAUUUAAUGUCUAAUGACUCCAUCAAAGAGCUCCACGGACAUCGCAUCAGAACCCAACUUUACAGAGACUCGUCUUCAAUGUCUGACGUUAUUCGAUCAUAUGCUCUCUCUCCAAACAGUCUACCCAAAGCCCUUUUCGCUUUUAACCAAAUCGAACAACCCAUGUUGUUAAUCUAUAACCAUAUGGUUCGUGGUUUGUCACAGAGUGAUCGACCCGUUGAAGCACUCCACAUGUAUAAUCAAAUGCGAAACCAGGGAUUAUUCGGAAACAAUCUGACUUUUAUAUUUGUUUUUAAGGCGUGUUCACGAGUUUCAGAUAUUGCUCAUGGACAGAAGGUUCAUGCUCAUGCUAUGAAACUUGGGUUUGAAUCGUAUCUUUAUGUCUGUAAUGCUUUGAUUUAUAUGUAUGCUUCAUGUGGUGAUUUCGGUUUUGCUAGGAAACUGUUUGACGAAAUGUCCGAAAAAGACUUGGUCUCUUGGAACUCAUUGAUUUGUGGGUAUAGUCAGUGUUUUAGGUAUAAGGAAAUUCUGGGUCUUUUUGAUGCAAUGAAAACUGCGAAUGUGAAGGCUGAUGCCGUGACAAUGGUGAAAGUUAUCUUGGCUUGCAGCCAUGUAGGUGACCAGAAAAUUGCAGAUUCGGUGGUUAAGUACAUAGAGGAUAAUAAUGUAGAAAUUGAUGUUUACUUGGGGAACACAUUGGUAGAUAUGUAUGGACGGCGUGGUUCAGUGCAGUUGGCGCUGGAAGUUUUUGAUCAGAUGGUGGAAAAAAACAUAGUUUCUUGGAAUGCCAUGAUCAUUGGGUAUGCAAAAGUGGGGGACUUAGUUGUGGCGAGGAGGCUUUUUGAUGAGAUGCCGGAGAGCGAUGUGAUUUCUUGGACUUCUAUGAUCACAGGUUACUCUCAAGCUAACCAAUUUAAUGAUGCAGUGAGGCUUUUCCAAGAAAUGAUGGUGGCUAAGGUUAAACCUGAUGAAAUUACUGCUGCUAGUGUGCUUUCUGCUUGUGCACACUUGGGCAGACUUGAUGUAGGCAAGGCAGUACAUGAUUAUAUUCUUAAGCAUAGUGUAAAAGUGGAUAUUUAUGUGGGGAACUCUCUAAUAGAUAUGUACUGCAAAUGUGGAUCAGUGAGGAAGGCACUGGAAGUGUUUCAAAAGAUGAAAGAGAAGGAUUCUGUGUCGUGGACUUCAGUCAUCUCAGGCCUUGCGGUGAAUGGUAUUGCUGAUUAUGCCCUUAGGCUCUUCUCUGAAAUGUUAAGCGAAGGAGUUAGGCCAACUCAUGGAACUUUUGUUGGGAUAUUACUAGCUUGUGCUCAUGCUGGUUUGCUAGAUAAAGGUUUGGAGUAUUUCGAAAGUAUGGAAAAACAUCACAGGUUAGUGCCAGAGAUGAAACACUAUGGGUGUAUAGUUGAUCUCUUGAGCCGCUCUGGCAAUCUCGAUAGGGCAUAUGAAUUUAUAAAGCAAAUGCCUAUACUUCCCGAUGUUGUGGUAUGGAGGAUUUUAUUGAGUGCUUGUAAGCUUCAUAGAAAUGUGGUCCUAGCUGAGAUUGCAACUAACAAGCUUCUUGAACUAGAUUCUCUGAAUAGUGGGAAUUAUGUUCUUUCAUCAAACACUUAUGCCGGUGCAGAUAGAUGGGACGAUGCUAUAAAAAUGAGAAAGUUGAUGGAGGAAGGUAAUGUCGAGAAGCCUUUUGGUUGGAGCUCUAUAGAAGUAGAUUGUCUAUCAUCUAAUAGCAGUCAGGAAAAUUCGAUUUUGCCCUCAUACUGGACUAGUUGGCUGGAUGAUUCUAUUUGGUUCUUUAUGCAAGAUCCUAGUGUUAACCAUGCCAGAAGUGCAGUGGUUCUUGUUCAUGGAAUUGACUGGGCUCCUGAGGAUUCAUUCGAGAACGAUAAUCUAUAGUGAGGUGUCCAUCCUGGCUUGAAAACAGAGUGAUGCUUUUGUAGAACUUUGAUGAGACUGCUUGUUAAGUUCUUUCAGGCACUUAAAGAGCUCUAAAAGAAGGCUUUGCAUGUUUUUGGCCAAACCACUGAGCUAUAUCGGAAAAGAACCUACCACAUUCCCCAAGCUUUUCAUUGUGUUUUGAAUUCCACUGUUGUUGAUCAUAAACUUUUUCUCAAUUCAAUGAC